AUGUCUAGUCUCGCCGUUUCAAUCUUUCUUCUCUUUCUCUCCAAUUCUGUCCAAGAAUUGGAAGUAGCAUUUGCUGCUAGAUUUCCUCCCAAUUCAGUUGCUUCCUCUCAACUAGAGUUUUGGUCCGACAAUGUUGUCAAUCCAAUGCCUGAAUCAAUUGAAUCAAAACUCUCUUUAUUAUCCAACCAAGAUUCUGCCCUAACUUCUUCUUUUACAUCAAACCAAGAAUCCUUCAAUCAGAAUGGAUUUUGCUCCAAAGCCAAUUUGGCUUGCACCCCAUUAUCAGAAAAUACUUUAGCUACGAUCGAGGCCACUCGAAAUCUAAGUGGAUAUAAAGUUUCUAUUAGCAGCAAAGCUUUUGAUUUACAUGAUGAACAUGCCUCCUCAUCACUUGACCCCAACUUUUUCUUCAGGCUUUCAUCAGUUCUUCAAAAAGGGAGACGAGUCCAAAUUCCGAGCUUUGAUAAAACAAGUCUUCCUCCUCGCUCAUUCCUUCCGACUAAAAUAGCAUCCAAAAUAUCCACCACAGAUUCAGCUGAUCUCCAGAAAGUUUUCCCGAACUUAUUCGCUUCCGAGCCAAUGAAAGAAACCAUCGAAAGAAGUAUCGGGUAUUGUAAUGUUCCAGCCCUAAAAGGCGAAACCAAAACAUGUUCCAACUCAUUAGAGGACAUGAUAGAAUUCUCGAAAAAAGCCUUGGGGGAGAAAAAAUUAAUCUCACUGAGUACUGAAAGCACGAGAGGGUCAGGAAAAGAGCUUGAAAUCGGAAACAUCAAACAGUUCCACACUAAAAUGAUUGUGUCUUGCCAUGAAGUUUUCUUUCCAUUUGCCACUUACUUUUGCCAUUCGCUUCCCUUAUCAAAUACACGUCUUUACGCAGUCGAUUUUGUCGAUCCGGAAACAAAAGCUCAUGUUAAUAGGAUCUUGGCAGUUUGUCACUUGGAUACAUCUGAAUGGCCAGCUGAACAUAUGGUUUUUAAGACCCUGAACAUUUCUCCGGGACAAGGUGAGGCUUGCCAUUGGUACAGAAAGGAUGAUCCUCUCUGGAUUGGCAGCAACGGAGAGAAAAAGAAAGCCCAAACUUGGAUGGAAUCCUAG